UAAAGCUCCUCCUCAAUCAUGGCGAACGUUGUUCCUAUAGCUUACCAGAACGCAUCCCUGUCGGUGCCUGAUUGGCUCAACAAAGGUGACAACGCAUGGCAGAUGAUAGCAGCAACCCUAGUUGGGCUUCAAAGCGUUCCUGGACUAGUUAUCCUAUACGGUUCUAUCGUUAAGAAGAAAUGGGCUGUUAACUCUGCUUUCAUGGCUCUCUACGCCUUCGCUGCUGUUCUCAUCUGUUGGGUCACUUGGGCUUAUAGAAUGUCUUUUGGAGAUAGACUUUUGCCUUUCUGGGGUAAAGCUGGUGCUGCUCUUGGUCAGAAUUUUCUGAUCAGGCAGGCUAGAUUGCCGGCAACUACGCAGUACCAUAGCGACGGAAGCAUCGAAACAGCGGUGGCGGCACCGUUCUAUCCGAUGGCGUCUAUGGUUUACUUUCAGUUUGUGUUUGCUGCAAUCACACUAGUUCUCAUAGCUGGUUCUCUACUUGGUAGAAUGAAUUUCAGGGCUUGGAUGGUUUUUGUUCCCUUGUGGCUCACCUUUUCCUAUACCGUCGGUGCAUUUAGUCUGUGGGGUGGUGGAUUUUUGUUCCAUUGGGGUGUUAUUGAUUACUCUGGUGGUUAUGUGAUCCACCUUUCAUCUGGAAUCUCCGGCUUCACAGCUGCUUACUGGGUGGGACCAAGGUUAACAAAGGAUAGGGAGAGAUUUCCGCCGAACAACGUGUUGCUGAUGUUAGCUGGUGCUGGGCUUCUAUGGAUGGGGUGGGCCGGGUUCAAUGGUGGUGACCCGUAUUCGGCAAAUACGGAUUCAUCGAUGGCCGUGUUGAACACUAAUAUCUGUGCGGCCACGAGCUUGUUGGUGUGGACGGUUCUUGAUGUGCUUGUCUUUAAGAAACCAUCGGUGAUCGGUGCCGUUCAGGGUAUGAUCACGGGUCUUGUUUGCAUCACUCCUGGUGCAGGUCUAGUUCAAGGUUGGGCUGCUAUUGUGAUGGGAGUACUAUCAGGCAGUGUCCCUUGGUUCACCAUGAUGGUGAUCCACAAGAGAUGGACUUUACUACAAAAGGUAGACGAUACUCUUGGUGUAUUCCACACUCACGCCGUAGCAGGCGCUCUAGGGGGCAUUCUCACAGGCAUCUUCGCCGAGCCAGUGUUGUGUUCCAUGUUCUUACCAGUCACAAACAGUAAAGGUUUAGUCUAUGGAGGAACCACAGGUGGAACUCAAGUUGGAAAACAAAUCGUGGGAGCUCUUUUCAUAAUCGGUUGGAACUUGGUGGUGACAUCUAUAAUUUGUUUGGUAAUUAAGAUAUUUAUGCCAUUAAGGAUGUCAGAAGAUCAAUUAUUGAUAGGAGAUGAUGCCGUACAUGGGGAAGAAGCUUAUGCUUUGUGGGGUGAUGGUGAGAAAUAUGAUUCAACUAGACAUGGUUGGUACCUUAAUGAUGAUACACUCCAUCCAACUCAAUUGCAAAUGGCAACUGGUGUUACUCAAGUAGUGUAAGUGAAAGGAGAGAAGAGAAAAUUGAUUUUUUUUUUUGUUUAUGUUUUAAG